UCCAGUCGCUGUGGACUGUAACACCCCAUAACAAUCCACCUCUAGACCUGACUGAAUUGGAAGAAGGUGUCAAGACUUACCAAGCAAACGCAAACAAUACUGUGCAAUAUUUCCCAGAAGACACAGAGAGCAUUGGACAUCAGCAGGGACAACAGUACAUGGAACUUCAAAAACGAGAGAGUGAUAUAUAAGUGACUAUCGCUGUAUCCAAAGUCUUAGCAUACUGAAAACUGACGAGACUUAAAGAUGAGUCUGCACGUAUUCUGGCCAGCUUCCGCCGUUCUGACGCUAUUCGUAGUCGGCGUCAUAAUGAUAUUGUUGAAAUUCGGACCGCGAAUCUGCAAAACGAGACACGAGCCGUUGCCUACCGAGCAGGACUGGAUGGGCAAGUCUUACGAGCAUGAAUUGUCGGUGUCCAUAGCCUGAUUCAGCUCAAAGCAACAAUGUGUCUCAUCACUGCACAAAAAAUGCUGUUAAUCAAUCUUGCUUUUAUACGAUAUUGAUCGUUCUUUUAUUUGAAUCUCACUUUUUGAUAUAACUUUUUAUCUUUGAAAAAUUUGCCUUUAGAUUCAAUCACGAUUCCGUCCAUGAAUAGAUUGUAACUAUUAAUUACUUAGCUAAGAGUUUUUAUUUUGUAUACAGAGCAAAAUGUAUAUCCAGUUUUUUAUCGCAAACUUCUUCAUGAAGUGCGAUCAUGCAACUUUGUAGAGAUGUUCUGCUUGUUUUGUACAGAUUAAACUAACUUUUAAUUAGAGAAACUGCACCUGAUUACUAAUGUAAGAGCUUAAGAAGUACAAGCCUCUCAAACUGCCUUAAACUUUUAGAAACUUUUCUAAUAUUGAUAUUAAGAAUGGGUAGUGCAAGUGAGUAUUUUUGCAAACCGUCCAAGAGAGAUUUUCGAAGAGAGAGAAAUCUCACAGAAUCUCCGUUAUUCUACAAGUUUUUAUACUAUAGACAAAAUUUUCUAUGAAAUUUUAUACUUUACAUUAUAUACAUGCUUUUUUGUAGUGUAUCUAGCUCAUCAGCUAGAUAAAGUUUGUAUCUUGUCUACCGAUGUUUUUACAAUAAAGUAAAAUUUUAUCUUA